UCGCGGCCCGAGUGAGGGCGCGUGUGUCUCGGUACGGAUCGCGGCCCGAGUGAGGGCGCGUGUGUCUCGGUACGGAUCGCGGCCCCGUCUGCUUCCUGUCUGUCUCGAUCGUUGCUGGGACGCUCAAGCCGCCCGCUGUCGCUUGCUGGCCGGCCAAAAUACAGCGCGGAACGCCGGCGUCUCCUGCCUGCCCGCCUGGCCGCUGGGAACGAGUGUGGACGAGGGGCCGGAACGUGUGACCUUAGCGGGGCGACGACGGCAUGCCGGCGGUGUCGAAAGGGGACGGAAUGCGCGGCCUGGCCGUCUUCAUCUCCGACAUCAGGAACUGUAAAAGUAAAGAGGCGGAGAUCAAGAGGAUCAACAAGGAACUGGCCAACAUCCGAUCAAAAUUUAAAGGCGACAAGGCUCUCGACGGCUACAGCAAGAAAAAGUAUGUGUGCAAGCUGCUCUUCAUCUUCCUUCUGGGCCACGAUAUCGACUUUGGGCACAUGGAGGCCGUCAACCUGCUCAGCUCCAACAAGUACACGGAGAAACAAAUUGGUUACCUGUUCAUCUCGGUGCUGGUCAACUCCAACAGCGACCUGAUCCGCCUCAUCAACAACGCCAUCAAGAACGACCUGAGCAGCCGCAACCCCACCUUCAUGAACCUGGCGCUUCACUGCAUCGCCAACGUGGGCAGCCGCGAGAUGGCCGAGGCCUUCGCCACCGACAUCCCCCGCAUCCUCGUGGCCGGGGACACCAUGGACAGCGUGAAGCAGAGUGCGGCGCUUUGCCUCCUGCGCCUGAACAGGACGUCACCUGACCUGGUGUGCAUGGGCGAGUGGACGUCCAGGGUGGUCCACCUGCUCAACGACCAGCACCUGGGUGUCGUGACAGCAGCCACCAGCCUCAUCAGCAGGCUGGCCCAAAAGAGUCCGGACGAGUUCAAAACGUCCGUGUCGCUGGCGGUGGCCCGACUCAGCAGGAUUGUGACGUCGGCGUCCAUCGACCUUCAGGACUACACGUACUACUUUGUGGCGGCGCCGUGGCUCUCCGUUAAACUGCUGAGACUGCUGCAGUGCUACCCUCCGCCUGAGGACACGGCGCUGCGAAGUCGCUUGACAGAAUGUGUGGAGACCAUCUUGAACAAAGCCCAGGACCCUCCCAAGUCCAAGAAGGUUCAGCACUCCAACGCCAAGAACGCCGUUCUCUUUGAAGCCAUUUCGCUCAUCAUCCACCAUGACAGCGAGCCCACGCUGCUGGUGCGAGCGUGCAACCAGCUGGGUCAGUUCCUGCAGCACCGUGAGACCAACCUGCGCUACUUGGCCUUGGAGAGCAUGUGCACCCUGGCCAGCUCCGAGUUCUCCCACGAGGCCGUCAAGACGCACAUCGACACCGUCAUUAACGCGCUCAAGACGGAGCGAGACGUGAGCGUUCGCCAGCGUGCGGUGGACCUCCUCUACGCCAUGUGCGACCGCAGCAACGCCAAGCAGAUCGUGGCGGAGAUGCUGAGCUACCUGGAGAACGCCGACUACUCCAUCCGGGAGGAGAUAGUGCUCAAGGUGGCCAUCCUGGCCGAGAAGUACGCGGUGGACUACACCUGGUACGUGGACACCAUCCUCAACCUCAUCCGCCUCGCCGGGGACCACGUGAGCGAGGAGGUGUGGUAUCGCGUCAUCCAGAUCGUCAUCAACAGAGACGACGUGCAGGGCUACGCCGCCAAGACCGUCUUUGAGGCUCUUCAGGCGCCCGCCUGCCACGAGAACCUGGUCAAAGUGGGAGGCUACAUCCUGGGGGAGUUUGGCAACCUGAUUGCUGGAGAUCCGCGCUCCAGCCCGCUGGUCCAGUUCAACCUGCUGCACUCGAAGUUCCACCUGUGCUCGGUGCCUACGCGGGCGCUGCUGCUGUCCGCCUACAUCAAGUUCAUCAACCUGUUCCCGGAGGUGAAGGGCACCAUCCAGGCGGUUCUGCGCUCAGACAGCCAGCUCCGCAACGCCGACGUGGAGCUGCAGCAGAGGGCCGUGGAGUACCUGAGGCUCAGCUGCAUCGCCACCACGGACAUCCUGGCCACCGUCUUGGAAGAAAUGCCUCCUUUUCCAGAGAGGGAGUCUUCCAUCCUGGCUAAGUUGAAGAAGAAGAAGGGACCCGGCAAUCUGCCCGGCAUCGACGACACGAGGCGCAACGUGAACGGCGCUACGGAACACUGCAACGGCGAGAACGGCGCCGCCGCCGCCACGUCCUCUCCUUCACUGAUGAUGGCGCCUCUCGCCAACAGGCCCCGUCCCGCCCACUCUGUUCCCAUCAUGCUCUCUGCCGGCACGAUGAACUCAGCGCAUCCCUUCAACGACCUGCUCAACCUGAACUCGCCCGCCGCCGCCGCCGCCAACUCCAGUCUGCUGGUGGACGUCUUCUCGGACGCCACGCCGGAGCCCGCCUCCGCCUUCGCCUCCCCGCCUGUGCCCGACGUCUCUGACGAGAGUUUCGGCAGGUUUGUGUGCAAGAACAACGGUGUCCUCUAUGAGAAUCACCUUUUGCAGAUUGGCCUGAAGUCCGAGUACCGGCAGAACCUGGGUCGCAUGUACGUGUUCUUUGGCAACAAGACGUCCAGCCAGUUCCUCGGCUUCUCCUCGUCGGUGACCAGUGACGACACACUCCAAACUCAUGUGAACGUCCACGCCAAGGCGGUGGAUCCCGUGAUCGAGGGUGGCGCUCAGGUUCAGCAAGUCCUCAACAUCGAAUGCGUGGCGGAGUUCAACGACGCCCCUCUACUCAACAUCCAGUUCAGGUACGGCGGCGCAGCACAAAACAUCUCCAUCAAACUCCCCGUGAUGCUCAACAAGUUCUUCCAACCGACGGAGAUGACGACCCAAGACUUCUUCCAACGCUGGAAGCAGCUCGGCCUCCCUCAGCAGGAAGUCCAGAAGAUCUUCAAGCCCAAACACCCGAUGGACACUGAAGUGACCAAGGCCAAGAUUUUAGGCUUUGGCGUGGCUCUGCUGGAGAGCGUGGAUCCCAACGCCGCAAACUUUGUCGGAGCUGGCGUGGUUCACACCAAAACCUCUCAGGUGGGAUGUCUUCUCAGGCUGGAGCCCAACACGCAAGCGCAGAUGUAUCGUUUGACUCUGCGGACCAGCCGUGACACCGUGUCUCAAAGACUUUGUGAUCUGCUCUCAGAUCAGUUCUAGAAGCUUCUUUGUACAGUGUAAAGUCUUUGUUUUUGUUUUUCCUCAAAACUAUUUUUGGCACAGACAGUGAGUGCCACCAGAAAGUAUUCACACCCCUUCACGUUUUCUACAUUUUGCUAUGUUACAGACUUAUUCAGCAUUAAGUAUUCACACCCUUUGCUAUGACAUCUGAUUUCCACUGAUCAUCCUUGAGAUGCUUCUAAAACUUGAAUGGUGCCCACCUGUGGUAAAUUCAGUCGAUUGAACAUCAUACAGCUGUCUACAGUGUAUAAGGUCUCAUAGUUGGCAGUGCAUAUCAGAGCAGAAACCAAGCAAUGACGUCUAAGGAAUUGUCUGCAGGCCUCCGAGAUCGGAUUGUGUCGAGGCACAAAUCCGGGGAAGAAUUUCAGCAACGUUGAAGGUCCCGAAAAGCACUGUGGUGGUCCCCAUUAUUUGGAAAUGGAAGAAGUUUGGAACCACCAGGGACCCUUCCUAGAUCCGGCCGUCCGACCGAGCUGACUAACCAACUGAAGAAGGGCCUCAGACAGACAGGUGAACAAGAACCCUACGGUCACUAAGGCGGAGCUCCAGUGUUCCCUUGCGGAGGUGGGAGAACCAUCCAGAAGGUCAACCAUUGCUAACGCACUCCACCAAUCAGGCCUUUAUGGUAGAGUGGCCACCUUAAGGAUUCUCAGACCUGCAGAAACAAAAUUCUCUGGUCUGGUGAAACGUUUUGGUCAACUUUUAGACCUGAAUUGCAAGUGUCAUAUCUGGAGAAGAAGAGGCACUGCUCAUCACCUGGCUAACACCUUCCCUACUGUGAAGCACGAUGGUGGCAGCAUCAUGCUGUGGGGCUGCUUUUCUACUGCAGGAACUGGAUGACGAGUCCGCAUAGAGGCUAAGAUGACAGCUGCCAAAUAUAGAGAAACUCUUCAAGAACUUGCUCCAGAGUGCUGUGGAACUCAGACUAGGGUGUCGAUUCACCUUCAAACACGACAAGGACCCAAAGCACCCAGCCAAGAUAACAAAGGAGUGGCUUCAGGAGCAGCCUGCGAUUGUCCUCGAGCGGCCCAGCCAGAGUCCGGACUGGAAAGACCUAGAAAUGGCUGUCUACUGGAACUACCCAUCCAACCUGACUGACCUUGAGAGGAUCUGCAGGGAAGAAAUGGGAGAAAAAGCAGGUGUGCCAAGCUCGCAGAGACAUACCCAAGAAGACGUGAGGGCAACAAAAUAUUACGCCAAGGGUGUGAAUACUUACGGGCCUAUUAUGUUUACAUGUUCAAUACAUUUGCACACGUCUGAAAAUAUUUUUACUUUUGUCAUUCUGGGAUAUUUGAUAUUUUAAAAGAAAACUACACUCAAAUCUUCUUUAGAAUAACUACAACAUAGCAAAAUGUGGGGAAAAAAGUGAAGGGGUGUGAAUACUUUCCGGUGGCAUUUUACCUUUACGGCCUUUGACUCGCAAAUGUCCACUUUUCCAAUGCGCCGACCUGUGGGCUGAGCACACUAUUAAAGUUUUUUUUUUUUUUUUUUAUUUAAUUAAAAUAAGGCUCUUGCCGUCUUGUCCCCAUUUUGCACGUGAGUACGAUGUUACCAUGGCGGCGGUGCUUUUAACACAUCGGCAGCGUUGUUGUUGUUUGCAGACUUUUAAAGCAACACGCGCACACACUUAGUACUGGAGCUCCCAAUGGUGCCUUUUACAUGAAACAAAGCACACUGCCUCACUACUUCUACCUGAAUGCAUUUCACAUGCCAGACACUCUAUGUUUCUAUUUUCUAAUCCUCGUCACUGCCUUAAGAGUGGUUUUGUUUGGAAAUAAACGCUUUGUCCUCUUAAA